AGAAGACGUCCUGAUGUUAUAACAACAACUGAGUGGCACGCUCCAGUCAUAUGGGAAGGAACUUACAAUAGACAGGUCCUGGAAAAAUACUACAAGAGGCUGAACAUUACCAUAGGCUUGGCUGUAUUUGCUACUGAAAAAUUUGUAGAGUACCUGCAACAGUUCAUACAAUCUGCUAAUAAGCACUUUAUGAUUGGCUACAAUGUUAUCUUUUACAUCAUGAUUGAUGACUUCACCAGGCUACCUCCCCUAGAGUUAGGUCCCCUUCGAACAUGUAAAAUAUUUUCUAUAAUCAAAAAACAAGGCUUUCAAGAUGCAAUUCUCAUCAACAUGAAGAACUUAGAAAUGCACCUCAUAGAUAGCAUGCAACAUGAAGUCGACUUUCUCUUCGUUAUGGCUGUAAACCAGAUCUUCAAGAAUGACUUUGGGGUGGAAACCCUGGGCAGGUCUGUAGCCCAAAUCCAUGCAUGGUGGUAUUUUAACAAUGCUAAAGAUUUCCCAUAUGAGAGAAGACCUCGAGCAGCAGCUUUCAUCCCCUUGGAACAGGGAGAUUUCUAUUACCACAGUGCAACAUUUGGUGGCACACCCAAUGAGGUUUUAACCCUCCUUCAAACAUAUCAAAAAGGAGCUAUUCAUGACAUCACAAAAGAAGUUAAGAGCACGUAUGAACAACACCUAAACAAAUAUUUUUUUCUCCACAAACCUGCUAAGCUGUUAUCACCAGAAUACAAUUGGGAUCCAAAUUUUAAAACUCCUUUACAAAUUAAACAUGUUAACAUAGCAUGGCAGUCAGAAAUGCUUUGA